GCCUCUGGUACAGUUGUUUGCUUUAGGAUGUUCUGCGGGUACAGAAUACCGCUCUGGGGCUGCUGCCGGACUGCGGAUGACUGGGAAUUCGGCCCGGCCCAUCCCCGCAUCGGCGACAGCCCGGGAACUCCGCCGGAGAAGGAAAAAGGAGGCGGUGGAAUCGGGGACAAAGUCCAUCGGUAUCGGUGGCGGCAGAUCGAAUCGCUGACGGGGAAGUUCGCCCCCGACGCAGUGGUCGGCGAAGGCGGCUCCAGCACCGUGUACCUUGCCCGCCUCCCGGACGCUUCGCUCGCGGCCGUCAAGCUCCACCGACCGAGCGAGCGCUUCCACCGAGCCUUCCGCCAGGAGCUCGACGUCCUCCUCCGGCUACGCCACCCUCACAUCGUACGCCUCCUCGGAUACUGCGACGACCGUGAGGAAGAAGGUGUCUUGGUGUUGGAGUACGAACCGAAUGGCUCCCUCCACGAGAAACUCCACGGAGGAGGCGGGACGGCGCUGCCGUGGGCGAGGCGCAUGGCUGUGGCGCACCAAGUGGCGAGAGCGCUGGAGUACCUGCACGACGGGUGUGACCCCACGGUGAUACACGGCGACGUGAAGGCCGCGAACGUGCUCCUCGACGGCGGGAUGGAGGCGAAGCUUUGCGACUUCGGGUCGGCGCGGGCGGGGUUCUCAGCGGCGGUGGCGCCGCCGCGGUCCGGACGGGCGAUGGCGGUGGGGUCGCCCGGGUACAUCGACCCAUACUACUUGCGGACGGGGAUGGUCUCGAAGAAGAGCGAUGUGUACAGCUUCGGGGUGCUGCUCCUGGAGAUAGUAACUGGGGAGGAGGCAUUCGAUGCCCAGCGGGAGCUGCGACUGACGGCCGCGAUGGCGGCGGCACUGCGAUCGCCAGGGGAGCGGGGGGCGAAGGUGGUGGACGCGAGGCUGGGAGAGGAGUACGACGCCGGGGAGGCCGCGGCCGCCCUGACAGUCGCCGCAAUGUGCGUCGGAGACAACCCCGGGCUCCGCCCGUCGAUGACGGAGGUAGUGAAGAUGCUGCGAGAGACGGCCGCGGCUUCCGUCGCGCCGCCAGUCGCAGUGAUGCCGGCGAAGGCCAAAGAUGGCAGAUGAUCGGCGUGGAUUUUAUUCUAUUUUAUCUUUCUGGAAAAAAAGGAAAACUAUUAUUUUUCUUCUUUUUGCACGCGAUUAAAAAAUUAUCGACGCAUUUAAUAUAUUUUGUACA